AUGGCAGAGCUAAAGGCGUACAAUCCUCAAGCUUAUGCAACUCUGCAACUAACGAAUCCGCUGACAUGGUCUAGAGCUUUCUUCAAGAUUGGCACUUGUUGCAAUGACAACCUUAACAAUCUAAGUGAAUCUUUCAAUAUAACCAUCAGACAGGCCAGGAAAAAGCCCUUAUUGGAUUUGCUAGAGGACAUUAGGAGGCAAUGCAUGGUCAGGAAUGCCAAGCGGUUUCUCAUAGCUGAUAGGCUCAAGACAAGGUUUACCAAGAGAGCACAUGCCGAGAUUGAGAAAAUAAUAGCUGGGGCAGGGAAUUGCCAGAGACUUAUGGCCAGACACAAUAUUCAUGAGGUAUCUUCGAAUGGUGUUAAUUACAGGGUUGAUAUGAAUCAGAGAAUUUGUGGUUGCAGGAAGUGGCAGAUGGUUGGAAUCCCUUGUAUUCAUGCUGCAUGUGUGAUAAUAGGAAAGAAAGAGAAAGUUGAGGACUAUGUCAGUGAUUACUAUACAAAAAUAAGGUGGCGAGAAACAUACCGAGAUGGUAUUAUGCCUGUUCAGGGGAUGCCAUUGUGGCCUAGAUUGAAUAGGUUACCUGUAUUGCCACCCCCAUGGAGAAAAGGCAACCCAUGA